GAUUAAAAUCAGCUGUUCUGAUACGCUACCGCUUACGAACAUCUGAAUCAACUCGUUUGGAGGUCACGUCCGAACGACCUGAAAAUCUAAAUAUUUAAAAACCAGGUCAUGACCUUUUGGAUCAAUGAAAAUGCACGUUUCUUAAUCAGCGUCGGGAGAAGACAGAAAAUGGCGGCGGAUUCGAUUAAAAAAGUGUUAAAGUUGUUUAACAUCACAAACAUAAAGGAAGAGCAGAAACAGAUCUUAAAUUUGCUUUUAAAAGGAGAGGACUGCAUAGCAGUAUUGCCCACAGGUUACGGUAAAUCAUUGCCGUACCAGAUGUUGAUCCCUAAAAGAAGAGAAAUGAACACCGACGACAACAGUAAAGUCAUCGUAUGCUCUCCAUUAAUUGCCUUAAUGCGUGAGCAGUGCGAAAGGUUAAACAGUAUCCCAGGCAUAACGGCUGUUUACAAAGGUGGCAGUCAGGAUAAUGACCUACAGAAAUUUAAUGUGUCCACUAUAGUUGUGGAUGAAUUCCAUACAAUUUCAACCUGGGGUGAAGAGGAAGGCAAACAAGCAUUUCGAAAAUGGUUUUCACAUAUUGGAGAACUGCGGUCGAUUCAUCCAAAGGCAUCUAUUCUUGCUCUAAGUGCUACAUGUACGAAAAAAAUUUCGAAAAGAGUGUCAAAAAUCCUUGAACUGCAAGCAGACACCAUUGAAAUCAGAAUUUCGCCAGAUAAAGAAAAUAUCAAACUUGUAGUGAAAAAGAUCCCGAACAUAACUGAAAUGGCUAUGGUUUGGGUAAUUGAUGCAUUGUGCGACAAAACUUUACCAAGGACCAUUCUCUACUGCAGUUCCAUUAAGGAUGCUUCCAACCUGUAUUCCUACAUUAUUACGAAACUUCCAAAGUGUGCCGAGGUGCAGAUGUUUCAUUCAGAGACACCUGAGGACAUCAAAACAAAAAUUUUGAAUGAACUAUCAGACGAAGAAAGCACAACAAAACUUGUGAUAGCCACAAGUGCAUUAGGCAUGGGAGUAGACAUACUUAAAUAUUCAAAUGUCAUCCUAUAUGGUGCCCCAAAAAGCAUUGUUGACAUUGUGCAGGAAAUUGGGAGAGUGGGUCGUGAUGGGAUGGAAGCUGUAGCACUUUUGCUACACAAUUCUUACCAUCUGAGAACAGUUGAUAGUGAGGUGAAGGACUUUUUCAAAACAACAGAAUGUAGACGUUUAUCAAUGUUGGCACCAUUUCUUUCAGAAGGUGAACUUUCAGAACAAAAGGAAAAGACAAGAUCACAUUCAUGCUGUGACCUGUGUGCUGACAAAUGUGACUGUGGAUCUUGUGAUCUGACCCCUUUGGAAAAACUUUUCAACGUUGAUAUUGAGGAAUUAAGUGACUUUAGUGAUCAGAAUUCAUCAGACACUGAAUGCUAUUAUAGUUCUCGCGAGGAAGACAACCUUGACACUCAUUUUUUCCGAUUAAGUACAAAGAAUUGCUAA